AUGCCGAGCCCGACCGCUCAACCCUCCGGUGGCCAUGGCGCCGCGGCGCAGCAGCAGCUCGGCGGGCUCGAGCUCCGCCGCCCGGCGGCCGCGGGCGCGCGGGAAGGCCCCGCCCGCGAAGAGGCGCCCGCCGCCCCGCCGCAGCGAGCCCCGCGGGGCCUCGCCCGCGAAGAGGCGCCCGCCCACCGCAGCCCCCCCGGGGCCCGCCCGGCGGCGGCGCGCCGCGGCCGGGUGGAGCAGCGCGACGUGGGCAGGGUGGCGGCGCCGGCGGACCUGCCUGUGGCCGGCUUCAAGGAUAGAAUACUGGAGCUGAUCACGCAGAACCACAUCAUCGUGGUGGUCGGCGAGACGGGCAGUGGGAAGACCACUCAGAUCCCGCAGUACCUGCUCGACUCCGAGAGCUUCAGGGAGUGCUUCGCCAGCAAGCGCAGGCCGCGGGUGGCGGUGACGCAGCCCCGGCGGGUGGCGGCCGUUGCCAUGGCGAGGCGGGUGGCGCAGGAGCGGGGCGUGAAGCUGGGCGCGGAGGUCGGCUACACGAUCCGCUUCGAGGACUGCUCCGACGACAACACGCACCUGAGGUACAUGACCGACGGCUGCUUGCUGCGGGAGUGCCUCGGGGACCCCGACCUCUCGCUGUACGACGUUGUCGUCCUGGACGAGGCCCACGAGCGUAGCUUGGGCACAGACGUGCUCUUCGCCCUGAUGAAGCGGGCGGUGGCGAAGCGCGCCGGUCAGCUGAGGGUACUAGUCACGUCCGCAACGCUGGACACGGGUGCCUUCUCGACCUAUUUUAAUAGUUGCCCCGUGCUGGAGGUGCCUGGGCGGCUGUUCAACAUAGAAUUGCACUACCACCCAGUCUCCAGGCAGCAGCGCGUGGAGGCUGCCGUGAACGUCGCGCUGAAUCUCCACGUGCGCGAGGGUGCUGGCCACAUCCUGGUGUUCCUCACGGGGAUGGAGGAGUGCGAGCAAGCCGUGUCCAUGUCCAACGCCAAGAUGCAGAGCAUGCUUGACGCUGGGAAGGAGGUAUCCGAUUGCCUGAUCGUCCCGCUCUAUGGCAUGAUGCAGUCCACCGACCAGAGGAAUGUCUUUGAGACGGUGCCGGAUGGAUGCCGGAAGCUGAUAUUCAGCACGAACAUCGCCGAGACGUCUUUAACGGUGGCCGACGUGGGUUUCGUCGUCGAUUGCGGUUACUGCAAGCAGAAGAAUUUUAAUCCCAAGACAGGCAUGGAGUCCCUGCUUGUGACGGAGGUGUCGCAGGUCCAGGCGAAGCAGCGGGCAGGAAGGGCCGGGCGGACGCAGGAGGGGAAGUGUUUCCGGCUGUACUCGGAGGAGUCGUUCAAGAGGAGCUUCCCCAAGAUCACCACGCCAGAGAUCUUGCGAUCCAAUCUGGCGUCCGUGACGCUGCAGAUGAAGGCCAUGGGUAUCGACCAGAUCGUGACUUUCGACUUCAUGGAGCCGCCCGACAAGACGCGACUGGUAAAGUCCCUCCGCCUCCUGUUCUUGCUUGGUGCCCUCGACGCCGAUGGGAAGCUCACCGACCUGGGCAAACAAAUGGCGCAAUUUCCGCUGGAGCCGCAGUUCGCCAGAGUGUUGAUCGCUGCGAACGAGCUGGGAUGCGCUGAUGAUGCCCUGACGCUGGUUUCGAUGCUCAGCGCCGAGGGGGUGUGGUUCCGGCCCUCCCGGAGAAACGAGGACCAGGUCAAGGACGCAGAGGACGAGUGGAGACGCUUCGCCCAUCCCGCUGGCGACCACACCACCCUAAUCAACGUUUACAACCAGUGGCAGCAGAACGGCAGAAGUCCCGAGUGGUGCAAGAGCAGAUUCCUGCACUUUCGCGCCCUGCGCCAGGCGGCGGACAUCCGCUCGCAGCUUGCCGACCAGCUCAGGAAGGCGGGCGUGACGAUGCGUGACGGCCGUCGCGGGGGCGAGACGGAGAUUCUCGAGGCGAUGUGCGCGGGCUUUUACAUGCAGACCGCGAGGAUGUGCAGCGCCGGCGGAGGGUGGCUGGUCGUAGGAGAGAACGUGCUGGUGAAGCUCGACGGCGGCAGCGCCCUGGACGGGUGCGCCUGCGAGUGGCUUCUCUUCACGGAGCUCGUCGGCAACACCAUCUCGAAGAAGAACAAUUUGCGUAAUUAG